UUACUAGUAAAAAAGUUAUUAACAAAAUAAGAUGACGUUCUUGAUGUAGCCUUGUUUGGUUAUAAUCUUAAUCCACGUUUAAUCGGAAAAAAAAGAGAAAAAAGUUUGUCGUUAAUCGCUUCUGAUUUUACAAUAUUGGCAAGUUUUUCUCAAACUUUUAAAUAUGUUACGGAUACUCAAUACUGCGAAUUUUAAAUGUAUUGGCUGCCACUUUCGUUUGACGCAGUGUGCACGGACUUUGACAGAAAAGAAAGGAUUUUCUGAGAAAUUAAUGGAUGGUCCACAAUUUGAAGACUUUUUGAAGAAUGACUUUAAAGAUUAUAAAGGGAAACUAAAAUUGGAAAUAAAUGAAUCAGGCCGAUUGAGGUUACCUCCAUGGUUGAAAACAGAGAUACCUAUGGGCAAGAGUUAUAGUAAGAUAAAAGCACAAUUAAGACAGCUACGACUGAGUACGGUCUGUGAGGAAGCUAGAUGUCCAAAUAUCGGAGAAUGCUGGGGUGGAGGUAGUCAUGGUACAGCAACAGCUACUAUCAUGUUAAUGGGAGACACAUGUACUCGUGGCUGUCGUUUCUGUUCUGUCAAAACUGCGCGCAUACCACCACCAUUGGAUGUAGAUGAACCAGUCAAUACUGCUAUUGCAAUAACAGAUUGGGGUUUGGAUUAUAUUGUUCUAACAUCUGUGGAUCGUGAUGAUUUAAAGGAUGGUGGAGCUAAUCAUAUUGCAUCUACUGUUAAGGAAAUAAAAAAAAGGAGUAAUAUUUUAGUGGAAUGCUUGGUACCAGACUUUAGAGGUGAUGAAAAUUGUGUUGCUAUAAUUGUGAAUUCCAAUCUAGAUGUGUUCGCACAUAACAUCGAAACUGUAGAACGUUUAACUCCUUUUGUCCGUGAUAUUCGUGCUCGAUACAGGCAGUCAUUGGCUGUAUUGCAAGCAGCUAAGAAGUUCAAUCCUGAUUUAAUCACAAAGUCAUCAAUAAUGCUAGGCCUAGGUGAAACUGACCAAGAAGUCGAACAAACUAUGCGAGAUUUAAGAGAUGUUGGUGUAGAUGCUAUAACAUUAGGACAAUAUAUGCAACCUACUAAAAGACAUUUAAAAGUUAUCGAAUAUGUAACACCCCAAAAAUUUAAAGCAUGGGAAAGUAUAGGAAAUCAACUAGGGUUCUUGUAUACUGCUAGUGGUCCAUUAGUACGGUCAUCAUAUAAAGCUGGAGAAUACUUCUUGACAAAUAUAUUAAAACGACGAAAGAAGCAACAAAUUGAUAAUAAUAUUAUAUCAUGAAUGAAAACGAAAUAUGUAGCACCAUACAUAAGUGUUUAGCCAAAAUAUAAUGAAAAAUCAAUAUAAAUAAUUUGUGAAUAUUGUGAAAAUUAUUAUAAUUUAGUGAUAUGAUCUGAAUAAAUGCAGAUGAAUGCAAUUUUUAUUGA